CAUUGGUCUUCUGUUCGCAGCGAGUGUGAGCAUUAGUGAGUAAUACAGAUAGCUGAAACCAACACCUGCGCCAUCUGAAAGUACAUCAGAGCUUGGACCUGGAUGACCAUAGUGAACCAGAGCCGAGAAAAAUUUCUAAUUCCACCGUCAUUGAAAAUGGACAUCAGUCUUCAGUUGGUCAGGCAAAGGUUUCACAUGAAGUGAUCUCUUCUCUUCCCAUGUCAAACUCUUCCUCUGAAGCGCAUGCCCCUGCUGUGUCCUUACAAAUGCCACACCUUCCUGUGACUGCAGUGACAAGAGUGUCAGAAAAGUUUUCUGGAGAAACCUCCUCAUCAUCAGGGACAGCCAAUGCAUCCAGUGGCCUGAUAGGACAGAGCAGGAGCAAAAAUGAGACUGUGAUGAAAACGUCCAGCCAAUCGGUGAGUGGUGUGAAGACCUGGAAUUCCAGUUCGGUGAGAACAGUGGGCACAUCUGUAACUGCAGCAGAGAAAAGCACUUCUGUCACAAAGUCUGUGUCAGCUAUGAGCUACGGAAUGACUAGUGGAACCAAAGCUACUGAAAGUGUCACCGACAGUUACAGUGAUGUAACCCCCAAAUCCCACUCCCCUCCACCUACUGUGCACCGCCAAGUGGAAAGGAGGAGAGAGCUUGUGAGGUCGCAGACACUGCCACGGACUUUGGGGACGCAGUCCAGGAAAGCUCUCUUUGAGAAAUUUGAACAGGACAGUGGCAAAGGGAAAGGAGAGUCCAAAGCAAAGCUGAAGAGGUCCCAGAGUUUUGGAGUUGCCAGUGCAAGCAGCAUUAAGCAAAUUCUUUUGGAUUGGUGUCGCUCAAAAACCAUAGGAUACAAGCACGUUGAUCUGCAAAACUUCUCCUCGAGCUGGAGUGAUGGAAUGGCAUUUUGUGCCCUUGUGCAUUCUUUCUUUCCUGAAGCCUUCGAUUACAAUGAGCUUGACCCAGCUAAUCGCAAGCAAAACUUUGAGCUAGCUUUCACCAUGGCUGAGAAACUGGCUCACUGUGACCGCCUGAUAGAAGUGGACGACAUGAUGGUGAUGGGUCGGAAGCCAGAUCCCAUGUGUGUUUUCACCUAUGUGCAGUCACUGUACAACCACCUGCGUCGCUUUGAAUAAAACCACAGCCACCUCUCCAGCUGGGAGGAUUGAGUCCAACCCUCUCCUGAGAGGACUCUGGCCUUUUGCGAAUACAACACUGCCAUUAUUUCUUGUCCUUAAGCUUGUUACCAUCCCUCCACUUGCAUUCAGCUGUGUCACUGAUUGAAUUGCUGCCAAGUAGGGCCCCAAAGUGUUGAUCACAGCAGUGGGCCAAUGCUGUAGAAGAAAAAGCAGAAAUUGUCAUUUUGGUGCUAAUUAGUUGUUUUAAGUGCCCCGGUGAUAAAAGAUGGAAGGAAGCUAUGUUGUAACUCUCGUCACAGUCAAGCUGGGGGACACGGCUUCACAGAGUGAGGGUGCUUGUGCUACAUGGUUGCUCUCUGCUAACACAAGAGUGCAAUACCCACAGGACAGCAUUUGCAUUCUCUACCUCUCUCUCCAGCACAACAUACAGCAAGCAGAAGGCAGACUAAGCCCUAAUGUUAUAAAGGAAGGGAAACACUGCUCUAGUAAAUGUGAAGUUGUAGGAUUAAACCAUUGGCGCCACGUCACCUCCCGGAAAACGAACACGUUGGUUUGAUGCUAUUAUACGUGUGCAACAUGCCAUCCCCUGGGAGGGGUCAUUACACAACAGUGGCCCUUAUGGGGAUCCGAACUGCGUUACCAAUACGCACACCUGCCAUGUAAGCUAAAGGAAUUGCUCGCUGUACUUGUCACAUUAGUUGGCUCUAACCUCUUGUGUAAGGGGGGCACCGCCACUUAGCCGUUAUUGGCAUUCAGAUCCCCAUCGAGGCCAUCACAGUGUAACAAGCUGCACCGCUGUGGGUUAAUGAGGAUCAGACUUAAAACCAUUUGCCCAUGCGGUGGGUUGAACCAUGUGCAGAAGAGCCCAGUUUCACUCGUGGUCAAGGAGGCGCUUGGAGGUGGGGUUGGUCGUUGUAUGCAUAUGUCUGGGUGUUUACGUAAAGGGGAGGUUAACAACUGCAAUUCAAUGCAGGCAGCAAGGGAAGAAAGCUGCCCAGCAGUGUGCCUCAAUCCUGCCGUAGGAGAGAGUAGCGCUAAGAUGUGAGAGAGGAACUCAGUCUCCAUGAUGCCAUCGGUGCUUGGCCGCUCUGCUGCAGUAGCCAGCCAAGGCACCGCUCAGUGGGAAGGGGGCAGAGGUUCUGAAAUCAGCAUUAAUGGCAUUAACCUAAAUGGGGUGACUCCAGAUUUACACUCGUGAAAGAGAGAUCCGAUUUCACGCUCUGGUUCCUGCCCACUAGAGCAGCAGGGAACACAUUGACCAUAAAAGAACUUUUUUUUCGUUUUAGUCCCCAUGUUCCCCUCCUCUUCCCUAAGACCAGGCUCAUAGAAUAUAAAAUUGCCAGGCAAGCCAAUUGCUCGUGCUAAAGAAUGGUUUUUACCUGCUCUGUUUACGUGCGCCUUGCAGAUAUUUAUAAAGAUGAUUUUGGUUCUGUAUCAAUGACCAUUUAUAAUAAAACAUAUGCCAA